AUGGCUUCACCUGCUGACAACCUGGAGGCCAAAUCCUCCCACGGUCUAGCUAAGGCUCAUCGCGUCACCGACGAAGUAGACCCCGGUAUGGAACGAAGCCAAGAUCGUGUUGGCCCAACCACUCAGUCGGUUGAGUGUGAGGCGAGCACCGCAAUCCCUGAGACCGUUCAUCAAUUCAUCGACGCUGCCAGUAACGGCUUACCCCAUUGCCAAUCCUUGAUCACCCAGGAAGACCUGCCCCAGACCUACCCGGCAGCCCCAGCCGCUUCCACUUCCACAGUUGCUACCUCCACCACUGCGUCCACCACGACCAUCAUCCCGCGAGACUUCCCCAGAUGCUGGUACUGCUUCAAACACCUACGCAUUUGCGACGGCGCCCGCCCUUGCAGCUCCUGCAUCAAAAACAAGAGGACAUGCCGUGACGUUGACCGGGAGCUACUCGGCCAGUUCCCUGAGCGUGCGAGAGCCUUGGUUGAGGAAGGCUACCUGCGGAAGCCGAGCACUGGCAAGGGCACGAAGCGUGCUGCUGCUACAUCCCAUGGUGAGCAGAAUGUCCAGAAUGUGAAGAAGAGCAAGGUCGCGACGAGCACUAUUACUGUCCAGUCCGCCCUUGAGCUCUUCAAGCAGAAGCAGGCGACAGAGCUCAAGCACUGUUACCGGGUCAUCAAUGAGCUGCUCAGCGACAAGUAUUCCGAUUGCAACGUUCACUUUCUGUACCCUGUUGACCACGUUGCAUUGAACCUUCCGCACUACCGCAGCAUCGUCGAGUUUCCUAUGGAUUUGAGCACGAUGAAAGAGAACAUGGAGGACGGCGAAUACAAGACUGCGAAGGAGUUCAGGGAGGACUCCAAGCGGGUGGUACAUGCCGCCAAGCUGUUCAACCAGGAUGGCUCUGAGGUCUUUGAGGCCGCAAACAAGCUAGAUGAGGUCUUCAAGACUGUCUGGGACGAGACGAAGCAGGAAAAGAAGAAGAAGCCCGAGAAGAAAGAUCCAACGGCAAUGAAGAACAGCGCCUGA